UGAUUUAUAUUUUUAACCAACCAAUAAGCACUUAUACUUUUUAUAGAAUAGAAGUGUAAAUAACCAGAACAAAUUUAAUUAGACUUUUUUUAUGAGUUUGAAGAUUAUGUACUAAUGUGAUAAUAUUAUGAUGAACGUUGUAUAUAUUAUAAUUUGACUCGUUAAUAAUAAAUAAAAUUAAAUAAAAUUCGUUAAAGUACAUAUUGUUCUAAGAUUACUACACUUUUCAAAUUAAUAAAAAAUAUUCAUGCAUAUUAAUGGUCUAAUGUAUGUAUUAUAGUAAAAAAAAUAUCUGAUAUAAAAUCGUUAAUAGUAUAAAAUCAUGGAAAUUAACCUGAUGAGUUUUAUUGCCCACGCAGAAUAUUGGUGAAGAUACAUCUUGAUAAUAUAUACAAAAAGUCGUAUCAAUCCUUAACUUAUUUAACAUAAAAUAUAUAAAAGAAGAAAUUCAGAGUAUCAUGUGUGUAUAAUAACCAUAUCAAACAUACUAUUUCGUAAGUUGAUAAAAUAUCGGCAUAUUUGUAUAAUCAAAAAUCGUUUAUGAUGAAUGAUCGGGCGAUUGCAUAGAUAUGUGCAAUUCUCUAACGGCAUUCUCUGGUGCCGUUAAAACACGUCAGAAUAUGAUAUAAAGAAUCAAAAUUCUAUGCCUAUCUCAAAAAGAAAAAGAAAAAUUUUAGGACAAUUACAUUGCAUUACUACAUAUAUAAAAUUUUUUAUCAAAAUUUACUUUUUAAAUGAUAGUUAAAUUAUGGAAAUUAACCUGAUAAGUUUUAUUAGUGACGCAGAAUAUCGAUGUAGGCAUAUCUUGAUAAUAUAUACAAAUAGUCGUAUCAAUAUACUUCCUUAACUUAUUUAACAUAAAAUAUAUAAAAGAAGAAAUUCAGAUACUAUUCCGUAAGUUGAUAAAAUAUCGGCAUACUUGUAUAGUCAAAAAUCGGAAUAAAGAAAGCUUAUAAUUAUAUUGUUAAUUUGCAUGAAAAGAAAGGAUCAAAUAUUGCUAAUUUUCCUGAAAUGGAAGAAAUAAUAGAGGAACAAGAAACAGACAUUGAAGAACAGAUUCAAGAAAAUACAUCAUUAGGUGGUUCUGGUAAAACUUUCAUUUAUACAACUUUAUAUUAUUUAUUAAGAAAUAAAGGAAAAGUAGUAAGUACCAUGGCAUUUACCGGUAUUGCUGCAACACUACUUCCAAGUGGAAAAACAGUACACAAAGUUUUUGGAUUACCCGUACUUCUUUUUAACGAUUCUACAUCAAAUAUUAAAAUUCAGUCUAAAGAAGAUGAUAAAUUAAAACUUGUGAAUGUUUUUAUUUUAGACGAAGCUCCUAUGGCACCACGUUACGUAAUAGAAAUAAUGGAUCGAACAUUACGUGAUAUAAUACAAAAUGAUUUAUAUUUUGGUAGGGAAAAUCGUACUUCUUGAUGGGGAUUACAAAGUGGUAUAAUAUGGCUGUAGGUGAAGGUCCACUCUAAAAAAAACUUAAUGCGCCAUUAGUGGAAUCUCAUGGGUGGUGUGGAAGACCACUAUUAACUUUAUUUUAAAUUAAAAUGUUACACAUCUCUAAACAAAAUGCACGCAAUAUGUUAGCAGAUUGGCAACAUUUUUCGAAAGUUAAUAAUAAUCAUCGUUUCAACAAUAUGCUUAUAACGAAUGCCUACAAGCUUACUUAUAGAAUCUGACAUUAAAUUAAAAUGUUAGUAAUUUACAUAUAAACUGCUACUUACAAAGAGUCACUGCAAAAAUGGAACUUUUUCGCCCACUCGUAUUAUGUAUUUAAUCUCGUAUUUAAUUAUUUAAUUUAUUCGUAAUUAAUUCGUAAUUAGCAACUUAAAAAACAGUGAAAUAGUAAAAGAUAUAAUUUUUAACAUAAAUAUCAGUUUGAAGAAAUUUAAUUGUAUCAUAUUAUCUAAUAAAAAACCUACCAUUUUAACCUUCUAUAUCUUUGAAAACAAUCAUAUAGUUAUCUUAAAAAUUUAUUUGAAUUAUUGUUUCGUUAAUAUUAAUAAUCAUUUAAUAUAAAAUUUUGUUCAAAAUACAAGUCCCUUAAAACAGGCAAUUUUUGCGAAGGCUUUUUGAUUAACAGUAUUAAAUAAAUUAGUAUCAACUGUAUCCACAGUAAAAAAAUUAUAUUUAAUGUUAUCUAUAUUUUAUUAUUUUUUGGUUUUUUAAUAUUUGUAUUUUUUUCUGCAUUUUAAAUAAGUCUUAAUUAAAUAGAAUUAACUUCGAUAUUUACGUCAUAUAAGGAUUUAAACUACAAAAACAUAUAGAAAAAAUAGUAAUUUGCAUAUAUUUGUUGUGAGUUUAUAACUAAAACAAUAAAAAAUUAAAAAGCUGCAUCGAUAAUCGUAUUAAUAAAAAUUUAGAUUAAAAAAUCUAAUAAUUUAUGAGAAAAAUUAAGAUAAGUAUUUUUUAAUAUAAUAAUUAUUACAUUAUUUUAAUAAAAAAUAUAUAAAAUAAAGAAGUUUCAUAAAUGGCGCGCGCAAAGCGCGCGCUGCGUGCUAGUCCUGUUCUAUCUUAUGGAGAGAUUCUUAAAUAAUACGGUCAUUUUAGCUCAAAAAAGCGUUAUCUGAAAAAGUCCCAUUGAGCUAAAUUUUUGCACACACCUUUAUGAAAGCAUUAUUAAUAACGUCCGAAAAGUCCCCAUCGAUAUCGUGUUCGCUUCGAAAGUUAUUCAUGGUCAAAAGUCAAGAAAAUUGACUUUUCGCAAAUAUCUCGUUUCCUAUUGGUCGGACGACAAUUAUAAUUAUUAUAAAAAUUGUAGAUUGAAUAAUUCUCUACAAAAAAAUUCUAUACAUUUUUUACGUACUAGCAACCGUUUUCACGUUAUACGGCAACAAAGUAUCAACCGCAGAGCGUAGAACAAUAAUAGCAAUGCAUUCGUUUGCCCACCACCUUCGAGGUAAAAUGCAAGGCGCGUUUUUUUUUAUAGUUUCUUCAGUAGGCCUAAUCCAUAUUUUGCAAAAGAUAUAUGUAUAAAAUCAUUACGAUUCUUCUUCAUCAUUGUCUUCAAUUUCAGGUAUUUUUUCUACAUCUGCGUCUUCUAUUUCGUCUUGAGUACUUUUCUUUGAUAUGUUAAUAAUGGCAUCCAUUUCAUCGUAUUGAUAAUUAUCGUUACUUGAGUUUCGCUAAAUCGACAAGGCUCAAUACACCUGUCAAAUUAUCAGGAUUGCCAUGUUCUAUAAUUUGUGGUUACUGUCGCGGUCAAUCAUGCCUCAAGUCACUCCCAAUAAUGAUUCUGCUGACACUUCUUGGAAUAUUAACAUAGAAGAAGCAGAAUACGAUGAAAUGGACGCCAUUAUUAACAUAUCAAAGGAAAGUACUCAAGACGAAAUAGAAGACAGAGAUGUCGAAGAAAUACCUUAAAUUAAAGACAAUGAUGAAGAAAAAUCGUAAUGAUUUUAUACAUAUAUCUUUUGUAAAAUAUGGAUUAGGCCUACUAGGGAAACCAUAAAAAAAACGCGCCUUGCAUUUUACCUCGAAGGUGAUGGGGAAACGAAUGCAUUGCUAUUAUUGUUCUACGCUCUGCGGUUGACACUUUGUUGCCGUAUAACGUGAAAACGGAAUACGUAAAAAAUGUAUAGGACCUUUUUUGUAGAAAAUUAUUCAAUCUACAAU